UACAUUCUAAAAUGGCGUAAACAUGUGUUUGCAGUGUUCAAAGGAAUUUUGACGUCUGGUUCUGUCAAGCAUAUCGUUUUGUAAAUCGUUCGAAGUAAAUUCGUUUUGACAUUUUCGUUAAACACGCUAAUUGGCAUGGCAGUCUGUGGAGAAUAUAUUCGUAGUCAAUUUCCCACGAUAGAUGACGACCUAUACCAAUAUGUAGAAGGUAUUUUAGAUAGUUCAAAGGAUGACUUUGAGGAUGGCGACGAAGUUUACGAAGCAAUAGGGGAGGUAUUACACGAGGUUGCAGAAAAACCAGAGAAUGAGGUUAGACAAAUAUGCGUCAAGCUACUGGAAAUGCUAAAAGGUAAUUCAAAUGACGGAAAUGUUGAAAGGAGAAAAAAUGGGGUAAACAAAGUAUUAAAUGCUCCAGUACAUUUGGGUACUAUGGCUGCUACCCUAGAAGCUCAAGUAGAACAAAUAAAAAGUAUAUGGGUUACUACUAGAGAUGAUGCUAUGAAAGUAGAUGCCAAGAAGUUAGAAAAGGCAGAGGCAAAAUUGCAACAAAAACAAGAAAAAAGAAGUAACAAUGAAUUAAGUGGACGAAUUAAUAUUGUAAGCCAAGGUAUAGAAUCCGCUAGCGCGAGUCAAAUGACGAGUAAAAAGGAUAGUAGAAUGGAGACAAAAGGUGGUGUAAAUAAAGCCCAGGACAUUAGAAUAGAAAACUUUGAUAUAGCAUAUGGGGAUAGAAUAUUAUUGCAAGGAGCUGACUUAACGCUUGCAUUCGGUAGACGCUAUGGCCUUAUCGGUAGAAAUGGACUCGGUAAAACUACAUUACUAAGAAUGAUAUCUAGUAAACAGUUGAGAAUACCAUCCCAUAUAAGAGUUUUACAUGUAGAACAAGAAGUCGCCGGAAACGAUACUUCUGCUCUCGAAUCUGUAUUAGAAUGCGACCAAGAGAGAAGUAUGUUACUUAGUAAGGAAACAGAAUUGCAAGUGGCGAUCGAAAAGGAUGGUGGUAAAACGGGAGAUGCAUUAGGCGAAGAAUUAGCUAGAGUAUAUGAAGCAAUGCAGUUAGCUGAAGUAGAUAAAGCACCUGCUAGAGCUAGUGCAAUUUUAUCAGGACUUGGGUUCUCUGUCGAGAGACAAUCGUGGCCAACUAAAGCUUUCUCUGGUGGCUGGAGAAUGAGACUAGCACUUGCAAGGGCACUGUUUUCUAGACCUGAUCUUUUAUUACUUGACGAACCUACGAACAUGCUUGAUAUUAAAGCCAUACUUUGGUUGGAGAAAUAUUUACAGUCAUGGCCAACUACGUUACUUGUGGUUUCUCACGACAGGAACUUCUUAGACACGGUUCCUACCGAUAUACUGUAUUUGCGUGGACAAAAAAUUGAAGCGUAUCGUGGUAAUUAUGAACAGUUCGCAAAAACUAAAGGGGAACGCGAAAGAAAUCAACAGAGAGAAUAUGAAGCUCAGCAAGCAAAAAGAGCACAUGUACAAGAAUUCAUUGAUCGAUUUCGAUACAAUGCCAAUCGCGCUUCUAGUGUACAGAGUAAAAUUAAGAUGCUAGAAAAAUUACCAGAACUUAAACCAAUGGAGAAGGAAGGAGAAGUAACUCUUCGUUUCCCAGAUGUUGAACCAUUAAGUCCUCCAAUAUUGCAACUUAACGAAGUCUCCUUUAGUUAUACUGGAGGAGUCGAUAAUUCGUAUAUAUUUAGUGGAGUGAACUUGACUGCUAGCUUACAAUCCCGUAUUUGUAUAGUGGGAGAGAAUGGUGCUGGUAAAACUACGCUUUUAAAAAUCAUAACAGGUGCACUAAGCCCAACGCGAGGUACAGUGCAUGUUCAUAGGAAUUUGAAAUUUGGAUAUUUUAGCCAACAUCACGUAGACCAACUUGAUAUGCGUGUGUGUCCAGUUGAACUAUUGCAAAAUCAUUUUCCAGGUAAACCAGUUGAGGAAUACAGAAGAAUGCUUGGAAGCUUUGGAAUAAGUGGUAAUUUAGCUUUGCAGACUAUUAGUUCUUUAUCUGGAGGACAAAAAUCUAGAGUAGCAUUUGCACUAAUGUGUGCUGCAAUGCCAAACUUUUUGGUACUUGAUGAACCUACGAAUCAUUUAGACAUCGAAUCCAUUGAAGCUUUAGGCAAAGCAUUGAAUACUUGUCAGGCAGGUGUUAUAUUAGUUUCACACGACGAAAGAUUAAUUCGCAUGGUAUGCACCGAACUCUGGGUAUGUGGAGAAGGAUCUGUUCGAUGCAUCGAAGGUGGUUUUGACGAGUAUCGUAGGAUCAUUGAAAAGGAACUUGAAGUAUAAAGAUCGUUUAAAUUUAAUUGCGUUAUCAGUCUGUGUAUUGUCCCGACUCAAGUUACCGAUGUGAAAAUUUCAAUUAAUUCAAGUAGAUACAAGAAAAAAACGAAUGUUUUGUCUUAUACUGGGACAAUGGAAAUUUUUGAUUUAUUUAUCGAUGAUAUCGCGGAUAUUAUAUUGUCUAUUUUAAAUAAAAUCGUGAUCAUUAUAAAAAUCAUUGUUUACAUAUUAUAUAUAUAUAUAUUUCAUCAUAUUAACAUGAAAUUUGCAAAAUAGACUGAGUCUUUAACUUACAAGAACAUAGAACUAGGAAAGUUUCACAUCGUUUAACUGCCAGCUACAAUAAACUAUAUCUAAAAAAAUUCUGAUAUUUAAUAUUGUACAUUAGUUAAUAAUAAAAAGUCGUUGUUAUAAAUAAAAGUA